AUGGUCCAGCGUUUGACAUACUGUUGUAGGCUUUCCUACAAUACAGCCUCUAACAAAACUAGGCUGUCUCGAACCCCUGGCAACAGGAUUGUUUACCUUUACAUCAAGAAGGAUGAGAAGGCACCUAAGUCCGCCUGUGGCGUGUGCCCAGACAUACUGCGAGGGGUUCGUGCUGUGCGACCCAAGGUUGUUAUGAGAUUGCCUAAGACAAAGAAACACGUCAGCAGGGCCUAUGGUGGCUCCAUGUGUGCCAAGUGCGUCCAUGACAGGAUCAAGCGGUCUUUCCUUAUUGAAGAGUAG